AUGCGCCACGACAUCCGCAGCACCGUCGACCGUCUCGACCGCCCCAGCGCAUACUACAACAGCAGAAACAAGCGCAGACGCGACCGAGACGAAGACACCGCCAACGGUGACCACCCCGCCGAACCACCCGUCGACCCUCUCGCCGACGCAACGACCCUCUACGUCGGCAACCUCUCCUUCUACACCACCGAAGAGCAAGUCUACGAACUCUUCUCCAAGUGCGGCGAAAUCAAGCGUCUCGUCAUGGGCCUAGAUCGCUUCCAAAAGACGCCCUGUGGCUUCUGCUUCGUCGAGUACUACACCCAUCAGGAUGCGCUGGACUGUAUGAAGUAUAUUGGUGGUACGAAGCUGGACGAGCGUGUGAUUAGGACGGACCUGGAUCCGGGGUUCGAAGAGGGCAGGCAGUAUGGUAGGGGGAAGAGUGGUGGACAGGUGAGAGAUGAGUAUCGUGAGGAUUUUGACGAGGGGAGAGGUGGUAUUGGGAGGGCUUUGCAGCGGGAUGAUGAGGAAGAGGAUCGGUAUAGGUGA